ACAGGUAACUUACCUGGUUCCUCAUUUCGUCUAUAAAUAGUGAGUGUAAAUAGUAACUUAUAUUCACUUGAAUACCAAAGAUACUUUGAAAAAGUUUCACUUUUGUUUCUCUAAAUCAUCUUAAACUUUUCAGUUUUACCUUUUCAAUCAUGAAUAAAACCAUUAUCGCUCUUUUUGUUGUCUUUGCCUUAAUCGGGGCCAUUUCUGCCUUUGGCUACAAUAGUGGAUACGGACAUGGUUAUGGUCGACCAUCUUAUGGACAUCGUGGUUACUAUGGAUACCCAUCAUAUGGUUAUAACAGACCUUAUGGUCAUCAUGGUGGUUAUGGUGGAUACGGAGGAUACGGAGGAUAUGGACAUGGUUAUCCUUACAGAUACCGAUAUGGAUACUGAUUGAAUCCAAGUUAAUACAAAGCUUACAGUUAAUUUACAGAAUCAUCGCCAUCAACAAUCAUUGAAAAUUCAAUUAAUUUAGUUAAUACAAAGAUCACAAUCACCAAUUCACUCAUACAAACACAUAAUAACUCACCUUAAUUUAUCUGAAAUCAAUCAAUCAAUCAAUCAACAAUCAACAAAGAGACAACAAAAACACCAACAACAACAACAAUUAGACAAGAUUUAACUGUUAAUUUCCAAGGCUCAAAUUGUUAACAAUUUAAUUAAAAUGCUCAACUAGAUGUAAACUGAUUAAUUUGUAGUAAUACAUUUGAAACUGAUGAUGAUUUUUUCUAAUAAAAAGUAAUUAACAAAACAA